AUGAGCUCUACUACUUCAAGGCCAGCGGCAGAGGCUGCUCCAGCCGCACCUGCUUUCUCAUAUGCACAGGCUGCGAAGAGCCGUGUUUCUUCAGCCAACGCUUCAAGUGCUGCCUCAAAUCACGCGGCUUCUGGCAUUAGCACACCGGCAAAGGGGACGAAUACCUUGACAAAUACGCCCUCCGGUGGUUCGGAACGAGGCGAUCAAAGUGUCAAUGGAAGCAUCGAAGCUCCAAGUCGGACUGAACAAUUAGGGGAUGGAUCGAAUACGGAAUCAAAGGUGACGUCGUCAAUAAAGUCCGUAUCGCGGCCAGUGUCCCCGAGUUUAGGCACGGCGUCAACAUCGACACUUCCAAAGGAGGACGACGACUUCAUAUUAGUGGGAGGACCAAACGAUUCUGGACGAGAAAAACUACCGCAGGACAAACCUACGAACGAAAAACACUCCGAUGGCAACGAGGGGAAAAAAGGCAAGAAGGGAAAGAAGCAAAAGAAAGACGAGAAGGGAGCAGCCGAAAAGGAGAAGGAAGAGGUCAAGCCAGAAGUGUUUGUUCCAGCUCCAUUACCGACUGUAAAUUUCUGGCAGAAACGCAAGGCUGAAGCAGCCAAGAAGCCGGCGGCUGUUGCCCAAACUCCGCAAGCUGAGCUCUCAACCUCAAACGACACUGGUAAAUCUCCUGAGAACAAGAGGCGAGGCAAGUCCACUGGUGUUGAAGAAUCCGAGAAACCGGUCAGUGUGGCACAAAACGGCGUGGCAAAAGAUGCCUUGAGUCCAAGCAAGUCGCAGAAGAAGAACAUAGAAGGAUCAGGCAAGGCUAAAGAAGAUCAAUUGACGAAGAGAUCUGGUGCGCGAGGAAGUAGAGGUCCCGAGGAAAAGUCAUCGGCUAGCCCCCUGCCCCCACCUGUUGAAGAUUCGAUGUCAUGGCCAACCCCCGAAACCGCCCUGGAGGAAGAGAAACGCAAAGUCUCGGAGAAAGUAGAUAAGGAGGAGAAAGAUGAUAACGGUUCUAAUAAACCUAGGCCGAAGGAGAAGUGGGUUCCAGUGCCGUACGUUCCAUCAGUUGCUUUCAAUACGCCAUUGCCAUCGAGAGGUGGUCGAGGCCGUGGAGGAGCUCGUGGGGGUCGAACAGAAGCUGCUGGUCGUUCAGUCCAUACAGCCGGGGUAGCUGGAGACAAGGCACAAAAUACCGCAAUUGGCACUCCUUCCGCAGAGUCUGAAAAGCAUCUGAGUAGAGGUGAUGCUCCCCGUGCAGCUUCUUUACCCCCAAAUUCAGCAAAGCGACAGCCAAAUGAUCAGUUUGGAGCCAAAGAUCAACGCAAACCUUUGAUCACGACCGGAACAGAUAAGUCAAAGAGUGGCGCAAGUAAGGGCGAGUCUGGCGUGAGCGCAGAAUUCACUGCCAAUGCCAAUGGUCCUGAUAUCAACCCCGACCAUCCUCGAGGCGAACACUCUAGGGACUUCAAAUCAGAGCAGGGUGUAUCCCUUGAUAGCAACGGUAGAAGUCCUGUCGAUCGCAGAAGUGAACCCAACGCGAGGGCAUUUGAACAGUCGAAGGAAGGCGGAAACUACGGCAAAGAUAGCAAUCGUGAGAGGGGAGAUGGUCGUUCCGAACGUGGCCGAGGAGGUUUCCGCGGAGCCAGAGGUCAUAAUAACUUCCAAAAUGGCCAGCAACAUCCUCAACACAUCUUCACCAAUGGUCAUGGGGCCCAGCCACCAAAUGGUUAUCCCGUUCGAAGCGCUGGUCCUUAUAGCCCUCCUCUUCAACCGCCCCCAUUUAGCAACCAGUACGCUAUGCCACCUUCUAGAGGCGGACGUGGUGGUUCCUCUCGAUCACAGUCAAUACCCAAUACUGCUAAUAUCUAUGGCCGAUACCCUUCCAAUGGUGCUCCUAACUCCCAGCAUAUGCCAUCCCUGCAGACUUCAAAUCAAAUGUACGACUACCAGCCUAUGCAGUCUAUGAGUGCUACCCCUUUUAAUCCCUAUAUUGAUCACAUUUCGGUGCUUGCAAUGGUAACAAUGCAACUGGAAUAUUACUUCUCAAUUGACAAUCUUUGCAAGGAUAUGUUCCUUCGACAACACAUGGACUCUCAAGGAUUCGUUCUGUUGUCAAAAGUCGCCAACUUCAGGCGUCUUCAAGCUCUCACGCAAGAGUUUGAGCUGAUUCGUCACGCUUGUGAGCAGUCGGACAUUAUCGAUCUCGUUCGGGGAGACGAUAACCUUGAUCGAGUUCGAAGGAAGGAGGGAUGGGAGAAGUGGGUCAUGGCAAUGGAAGAGAGACACGAGACGGCAAAAAAUGAUGGCCCGGCCCAGGUGUUUCGACCACACAGGUCUCACCAAAUGGGGUCUAUGAUGAUGCCUGGUAACCAUGCAAUGUCACCCCCACCUUUUUCCCCUAAUGGAACGGAGUUUCGACCUUAUGUAAAUGGCGCACCGGCUGUACCUAUCAUAAACGGCAACGGUAACCACUACCAUCCCGAGACUCCACUGUCAGCUGCUGUCCCUGACUUUGCUCCUGGUUUACAUGCCCUGAAUGGUGCACCUGAUCCUCUCGAGGUAGAAACUACUUUCAGUGACGAGGAGGUCGCAAAUCUUACUCUCGUCUUCGCUCAACCCAAAGGUUCAGAUGAAUCAAAACCUAAGUUACCAUUUCACAAGGCAUCCUCGAGGACGUUCUCCAAUGGUUCUAUCGACAGUAGAUCAAUCGCAGAGGAGAUCGAUGACAACCGUCAAGGGCGUGCUCUUACCAACGGGGCACGUGUUACCGAAACUUCUCCUGAUGCUAUCAGACGCUCAAGAAGUCCAUUUACCCCUCUUUCACCAACCAAGACAGCCUUCGGUAAUGGACCACCUGUCAUGUGGGUCAAAGGACAGAGACAGCAAGCUCCAGUCUCUGAGCAAAACUCCGAGGAGUCUUACACGGCCUUCCGUGCUCGUGCUUUAAAACAUCGCGACGCAUCUGCACACGGAGAGACCCACGCCGAUAUGAAACUUCUUUAUGAAUUCUGGUCACAUUUCCUUUGCCGAAAUUUCAAUUUAACGAUGUACAACGAGUUUCGAAGCUAUGCUUUCGAGGAUUCGAGAUUACAUGCCCUGAGCGGGAUGCAGAACUUGAUAUCUUAUUAUGAUGAGAUUCUGAACAGCAAGAAGAAGGUCAUUCCAGAGACCCUCGCACGCCAUUACGUCGAGCUAGUUAAGAGCGAAGACGCCACCGACCGGCCCGCAUUCGAAAAACUUCGAGCAGCGUGGCGAAAUGGGGCUCUUGAUAUGAAGAGCAGAAAGAAGAUUGACAACUUUGUUGAUCAAAAGUUGAAGGAGGAACUUGAACGGGCUCCAAAGCAGAAGUCGGAUUCAUCCUGA